AUGGUUAAUUUGGAUCUUGGAGAUAACAGAUUUACAGGUAAGCUUCCGGCUUGGAUAGGAGAAUGUAUGCACAAUUUGAUGAUCUUGUAUUUGUGGUCCAACUCCUUCAGUGGGAACAUUCCUCAUCAGUUUUGUGGGCUUUCCAAACUUCACAUAAUGAACCUGUCUCACAAUCGUCUCACCGGUCACAUUCCACAUUGCAUUGGCAAUCUCAGUGGCUUGAAAUCUAAAGGCAUAGACGAAAUUACAUACCAAGGAAAAUUGAAGGUGGUGGCAAAAGGAAGAGUUCUGUUAUAUGAUUCCACCUUAUAUCUCUUUAAUAGCAUUGACCUAUCAAACAAUAACUUAUCGGGGAGGUAUACCAAUGGAACUAACAGAACUCAUAAAACUUGGUACUUUAAUUUGUCCACGAAUCAUUUAACAGGACAAAUCCCAUCUAGUGAUGGGAAUUUGGAGUGGAUUGAAACUCUUGAUAUCUCCAUGAACCAUAUUUCUAGUCCAAUCCCAUUUUCAAUGACUUCUUUAACAUUUCUGAACCAUCUUAAUCUCUCAUACAAUAACUUGUCCGGAAAAAUCCCAACCACCAAUCAGUUUCUGACCCUUGAUGACCCAUCAAUCUACCAAGGAAAUGUUGGUCUCUGUGGAAGACCUCUGUUAACUGAAUGUCCUAAUCACAGUGGCCAAAGCAAACCAGGAGGUGAUGAAGAUGACGGAGAUGGAGAUGGAGAUGGUGGAGAUAAAUUUGAGAAACUAGGCUUAAUUAUCAACAUUGUGAUUGUGUUUUUUGUGGGAUUUUGGGGAGUUUGUGGAACUUUAUCGUCAAGAGGUCUUGGAGAAUUGCAUAUUUCCGCUUUGCUGACAGAAUGA